GGCCUUCCCCAGGGCCAGUGUGCCCUCCAGUUGUCACAGGCCAGGGCCCGAGGCAGAGCGGCCAGGUGACCAAGUCGUCCGGGAUGUCGAGCGAGGAGAGCUACCGGGCCAUCCUGCGCUACCUGACGAAUGAGCAGGAGCCGUACGCGCCGGGCACCGAGGGCAACGCCAAGCGCAAGAUCCGCAAGGCGGCCGCCUGCUACGUGGUGCGCGGCGGGAUCCUCUACUACCAGCGGCGGCAGCGCCAUCGCCAGCGCUUCGCCGAGCUCGAGGUGGUGCUGCAGCCCGAGAGGCGUCGGGGGCUCAUCGAGGCGGCGCACCUGGGGCCCGACGGCACCCACCACACCAGGCACCAGACGUGGCACGACCUGUCCAAGAACUACUGGUGGCGAGGUAUUUUAAAGCAAGUAAAAGACUACAUUAAAGAGUGUAGCAAAUGCCAGGAGAAGCUGGAUCGAGCCCGCCCAAUAUCAGAUACUUCAGAAAUGUUGGAAGAAUUGGGAUUAGAACUAGAAUCUACUGAAGAGAGUAAUGAAACAGAUGAUGACCAAAGCAAUCCUGCAUCUGUUCCAAGUGCAGUGUCCAAGACUGUGAAAAAGAAGCCAAUAUCCAAACAUGAACUUGUAUUUGUUGACACUAAAGGUGUUGUGAAACAGUCUUCACCAAAACAUUGUCGAGCAGUCUUAAAACAGCUGAAUCAGCAGAGACUUAACAAUCAGUUCUGUGAUGUUACUUUGUUAAUUGAGGGAGAAGAGUACAGAGCUCAUAAGUCUGUUUUGUCAGCUAACAGCGAGUACUUCCGAGACCUUUUUAUAGAAAAGGGCGCCGUUUCUAGUCAUGAAGCUGUGGUGGAUCUGUCAGGCUUUUGUAAGUCAAGUUUCCUUCCCUUGCUGGAGUUUGCUUAUACUUCGGUGUUAAGUUUUGACUUUUGUAGCAUGGCGGAUGUUGCCAUCUUGGCCCGCCACCUUUUCAUGUCUGAAGUCUUGGAAAUCUGUGAAAGUGUACAUAAACUAAUGGAGGAAAAGCAGAUUACCGUAUACAAAAAAGGUGAAGUACAAACAGUUGAAUCUACUCAAAAUCUACCAGAGAAGAAUGGAGGUAUAGCACAAACUGUGGGCAACAUUGAAGAAGUUGUACCCCCAGAACUUGAAACCAGUGCAUUUGUGUCCCCUAUAAAUGGAGAAUUUCCAGGUGACGGGCAGGAAGGUGAGAGUACUCAGCUGGUUGAACCCCAGGUUUGUUCAGAGGCUCAGUCUGUUUUCAUACAGACAGAAAAUACAACCCAUUCACAUUCUGGAAUCAAGUCUGAAGCAGUGACAAACAGCAACAUGAUAAUUCUUGAAAUAGAAACCUCAGAUACCAGAAAAGAUGACAGAGUUUCCAAGGCCCUUCCCACUCCUUCUGUGGUGGAGGAAGGGGACACCAGCACUGCAGUGGACAAAGAAAUGGAAAAUGAUGAUGAUAGCAAAUCAUUUGAAGAUAACCGUGCUGAGGAUGUUGCAGAAGAUCACAAGCAAAACUAUGGCCAGCCAACACAAGUCCAAGGAAGCCCUGUGGCACAACAAGAGAAGGCAGCCCUCAGCCCCGAUGACACUUACAAAAGCAGGCUCCGUCAGCGCUCUGUUAGUGAAGGUGGAUAUAUACGACUACACAAAGGAAUAGAGAAAAAGCUUCAGAACAGGAAAGCCAAUCCUAAGUCAGCAGUUCAGCAGGUUGCCCUGAAAUUAGUUCAAAGGGGGAAAAAAAUGAAGCAGCCCAAAAGAGAGGCUAAUGAGAACACAGAAGAAGAAACAGCACACAGAUGCAGUGAAUGUGGAAUGGAUUUUCAGAGACGCUAUGCCCUUAUCAUGCACACAUUGAAACAUGAAAGAACUAAAGAUUACAAGUGCCCAUUGUGUAAAAAAGAAUUUCAGUACAGUGCUUCUUUACGAGCACACCUCAUUCGGCAUACCCGAAAAAGUGAUGUGCCUACUUCCUCUACUGCUGAAGAAGAUUCAGGAGCAUCAAGUGAAAAGGGUCGAACCAAGCGAGAAUUUAUAUGUUCUAUAUGUGGAAGGACAUUGCCCAAACUAUAUUCUCUCAGAAUACACAUGUUGAAGCACACAGGUGUGAAGCCACAUGCAUGCCAGGUCUGUGGAAAAGCUUUCAUUUACAAGCAUGGUUUAAAAUUACACCUGGCUCUCCAUGAAACACAGAAACAGUUCCAGUGUGAGCUGUGUGUUAAGUCUUUUGUCACCAAGCGUAGUCUUCAAGAACAUAUGAGCAUUCAUACAGGAGAGUCAAAAUACCUUUGCUCAAUCUGUGGAAAGUCUUUUCAUAGGGGCUCAGGACUCAGCAAGCACCUAAAGAAACAUCAGCCAAAGCCUGAGGUUCGAGGUUAUCAAUGUACUCAAUGUGAAAAAAGUUUCUUUGAAGCUCGAGAUCUCCGUCAGCACAUGAACAAACAUCUUGGUGUGAAGCCAUUCCAGUGCCAAUUUUGUGAAAAGUGCUAUAGUUGGAAGAAAGAUUGGUAUUCCCAUGUAAAGUCUCAUUCUGUCACGGAGCCUUAUAGGUGCAAUGUAUGUGGCAAGGAAUUCUAUGAAAAAGCCUUAUAUAGAAGACAUGUAAAGAAAGCUACUCAUGGGAAGAAAGGAAGAGCAAAACAGAAUCUGGAACGUGUAUGUGAACAGUGUGGAAGAAAAUUUACUCAACUACGGGAGUAUAGAAGACAUAUGAACAACCAUGAAGGAGUUAAGCCAUUCGAAUGCUUAACUUGUGGAGUUGCUUGGGCUGAUGCACGUUCCCUGAAACGCCACGUAAGAACGCACACAGGUGAACGGCCCUAUGUCUGUCCUGUGUGCAAUGAAGCUUAUAUUGAUGCUCGAACACUCCGGAAACACAUGACCAAAUUCCACAGAGAUUAUGUGCCUUGCAAGAUUAUGCUGGAGAAAGAUACCCUUCAGUUUCAUAACCAGGGAACUCAAGUGGAGCAUGCCUUUAGCAUCUUAACAUCAGGCAUGCAAGAACAAGAAAGCAGUGGUCCUCAGGAAAUUGAGACUGUAGUAGUGACCGGAGAAACCAUUGAAGCUAUUGAAGCUGUUGCAGCUACUGAGGAAUGUGCAUCCGUGUCAACUCUUUCUGACCAAAGUAUUAUGCAAGUAGUUAAUUAUGUACUGGCACAGCAGCAAGGACAGAAGAUAUCUGAAGUAACAGAAGCUAUUGAAACAGUGGAAGUUGAAGUGGCACAUGUUUCAGAACCAGAGUGAGCACCAUAACAGCUAGAGGAAAUUUUGGUAAUGACUCUUCCUGUGCCAUAAAGCUGCACACAGCUUGUUUACAGCAUCUGACUUACAGCUCCGAGUCCCUAUUUCAAGGUUUUUUGCUUCUUGAUGAUGCACUAUCUACAUUGCUAAACAGUCUGUCCAGCCUAAAGGUUCUGUCAAGAAGUUUCUCUCUCUCUCUCUCUCUCUGUCUCUCUGUCUCUCUCUCUCUCUCUCUCUCUCUCUCUUUCUCUCCCUCUCCCUCUCCCUCCCCCCCCAUUUUAGUUAUAUAGUAUAGAGAAAUUUGAAAGAAAUCUUUCUAUUUGUUUAUCAUGGUACAAUUUUUAAUGGAUUAAUUUUUAUAAAGACUGUACUUAGAAUUGUAUAGUUUCAGUCCUGUUUUCACUUUAUUUUGAAUGUAUGUUUUGAGCUUAAAAGGAUAUUUCUCACUAGGCUGUCGUCAAAAUAUGGAGGUAAAAUUUUGUGAUUUGACUUGCCCUAUUUACAGAUUGCAAAGAAAAUUCAGAUACUGAAGCAUUUUACUAGUGUCCGUAGGUACACUGUUCUGUACAAUAAUAGCUUUUAAUGUCUUAAAAUCUGUGAUUUGUGACUUACUGUUUAAAUUCAAUCCUUCCAAGUCAAGGACUUUAUUUCAUUUUAAAGCACUUAUUGAGCCACAUGGUUAUAAAUCAAGUUUGCACUUGACUAUGUAGGCAAUCUAUAACUGAAUAUUUAGUCCUAGGUUUUUGGGUUUUUUUAAAUGCCAUGAAAUUGUGUAGUAUGUCCAGCAAAAUAAGCCUUGUUUUGUCAUCUCUUUAAGGCAAGGAGAUUGACCUGGAGGGUGGAGAGCUUUGUUAUUGUUGAAAUUAGACACUGUUAAUGAGGAAAAUCCUUCCAUGUUAACUUUAGUACAAUACAUAAAUAGAAAAUCUUGUUCUUUUGCUAUAGCAUGAACAAGUCAAAACUAGGUUUGAUGUUUUCAGCCAUUGUAUCAUGUUUAAUUGCUUAAUUUAAUUGAAAAACUGGAUCAAUUUAGAAGCAGAAUAGCCACCAACACACGCAAUAUGUUGCAAGAAUACUGCGUAAUAGUCAAGUUCAGUAAUAACGAAAAUUCUUUGCAGCCCUCAUUACAGUAUACUAAUCUAAAAAAAAUUAGUCUUUUGUAACGUACCUGAUUGUUGAAAAUGAAUUCAAUAAAAAAUAGAUUAUAUGGAAGCUAAAAAUUACAUUUAUUCAAGUGUGUAUAUUUUUUAAAUGACCACAUCUAUAUUUGAGUUGACCAGCCUCCCAUCAAAAUGCAAAAUCACCAAGGUGGGCAAGUCCUUGGUAGCUCCACCUAAGAAGCUACUAUUUAAGAUGUAGUUAUUAUAAUUCAACUUUUAAGUGUUUGGAACAAUUAUAAAAUGCACAGAUUUUUUAAAAGAGGUUAAUUGUUCCUAAAGCACAAGAAAAGGAUGUGCCUUGAUGUAUACACAUUACCAAGAUAUUUAUUCCAAUUUGCCUAUAUGACUUUGAGGGCAAGGAGUAAAUAUGUUAGCCAUGCAUGCGUCAGAUUUGCAUACAUGAUAUUUGCUUUUGCAAAUUUUCCAAUCUUGUAAUAGCUAUAUGGCUGACAUUCAAUUUUAGGAAGAAAAUUUUAAAAUAGUCCAACUUUUAAAAGGCUGCUUGUUUGGGGGUUUAGGGAGGGGGCUUUUUUUUUUAAGCUCUUAUGAAAAUUUGUUUCAACUUGACUAAAAUUUGGAACUCUUGUCAUUUUUGUUCACACAUACUCUUGUUUAUGGUAUUGGAUUUACUGAGUUGUAAGACAAAUAGACCAUUAAUGUAUAUCAUAAAUAUGUAAAUAAAACCAGCUGUUGAAUCUUGUUUAUAAGCUUUGAAGUUGAAUAGAGGCUUGUCAUUCUAAGCAUACAGUGCUUUCUAUAUUGCAAAUAUUUUUCUUUUUCCAGAUAACAUUUUGCCUAUAAUUGAGCUGAUCGGUUUUUAUUAGGGCAAAAAAGAAAUAGGAGUUUUGUGUCUUAACAAAUCCUUUAAUUAAUCCUUUAGGGAAAACUUGGGCCAUGUGGCUACAAUUCUGACUGUUUCAAGUUAAAUUUAAUAUUACUUCCGAGUCAAAUGUAAUGUAAAUAGUUUCCAACUUAGUUUGAGAAAUGCAUUUAAAUGUAUACAAGUUGGUGUUAAGCAUACAAAUAAAUGCUAAAAACCA